CACGCCUCAAAUACGGACCCAUCCUGUCAUUAUCGGCGUCAGUACCGGAUAAUUGCAAUAAGAACCAGCAAGUCGACUGACGCAAGCGUCCAGUCGGACCGGUGUGUCGAAGACCGAAUCAAGGACAACUUCGAGCGCCUUUCGUGCAGGAACUUUUUGAUCACAACUAGCGGCUCUACUUGUUUGUAGAUAUUCAUGGAAUAUUCGGCUGACGAGAUCGCAGCGGCCAGGGGUCUACAGUACUUAGCGUACAUAUGCACGUCAUUGGCAACAUUUUGGGCCUAUGAUUAUGUUUGUUCAUUUCACGAAGAGUGGAAUUUUAUGUGUCGAUCGCGCUGGACUGAGUGCAUUUCUCCCCGAACGAGAACACCAACAAAUGCAAGAUACUGGACAUAUGUGCUUUGGAACAGCAAUAGGAUUGUACUUGUAACCAUGCUGUCCACCCUCUUUGCUACUAUCGUAUCGUUCAUCGGCAUUUGUUUUAGCGCUAUUGCUACCUCUCGCGUUACGACUAGCGUGGUCCCAGGCAUCACAGGCUGCUACCGGAACUCAACCACUGUCGAAUUUUUCAUGCCGUUUCUUCUGUUACUUGUCUUUCAACUUGGACUGGUCACUUUAACACUCACACGAGUCUUCCAGACCUGGAGAAUGUCCAAUGGCGGUAUGCACGCAAUUCUGGUGAAGCAUAACAUAUUCUAUUAUGCAUGCGGUCUAUUUCUCUCGGUCAUGAAUGUCCUUGCACCAGUAAUGUUUUCUGAUCCUGCAUAUUACGUCCUCCUCGGAGAGUCGCAAGUCUAUAUCCUUGCGAUCCUCGCCACGCGCAUGCACCUCCAUCUCUGGCAUAUCGGCCAGCACGCCGUGUACGACCCUGAGGACCUUGUGUAUAUUUCUAUGCCCGACAUGUCAUCUGCAGACCGUACGGUCACUACUGUGUGACGUUUAAUCGUAUGGCUCACUCAUGGAGCGAG